CAUAAGCGCACCGUGCGCUUGGGCUGCGUCAGGCCGUGCCAGGGGCCAAGAUGGCCGCCGCCAAGAUUUCGGCGGCGUCGUUCCCGCCUGGCUCUUCUUGCCCUGAACAAAGGUGGCGGUCGGAAGUGCGCGGUGGCUGCUUUGCCUCCUUCCCGUCCUCCCUCGCCUUCUGCCUGCCGACUGGGAGCUGAGAGGAUGGCGGCGGGAACAGUAGCAGCAGCAGCACCAGGAGGGGCGAACGAGGUGGAGUACGAGUCCAUCCUCUGCGUGAAGCCCGACAUCAGCGUCUACAGGAUCCCCCCGCGGGCCUCCAAUCGGGGCUACAGGGCCUCUGACUGGAAACUGGAUCAGCCAGAUUGGACAGGACGACUCCGCAUCACCUCCAAAGGCAAAAUUGCCUAUAUAAAACUAGAAGACAAAGUUUCAGGAGAGCUUUUUGCCCAAGCUCCAAUAGAUCAAUAUCCUGGCAUUGCUGUGGAGACGGUGACUGAUUCCAGCCGGUACUUUGUCAUCCGGAUUCAAGAUGGCAAUGGACGAAGUGCUUUUAUCGGCAUUGGCUUUGGAGACAGAGGGGAUGCCUUUGACUUCAAUGUGUCCCUGCAGGAUCAUUUCAAGUGGGUGAAACAAGAGUCAGAAAUCUCCAAGGAAUCACAGGAGACAGACAAUCGUCCCAAGCUUGACCUCGGUUUUAAGGAAGGACAGACUAUUAAAUUAAACAUUGGGAAUAUGCCAACCAAAAGAAGUGGGCAACCCAAGCCGCGCCCAACUGGAUCAGGAGGACUAAGCCUGCUCCCGCCUCCUCCUGGGGGCAAAAUUGUGUCUCCUCCUGUCCCUCCUCCUUCCUCGACUGCCAUUUCUAAUCAUGUGACACCUCCACCAGUGUUGAAAUCCAGCACAGUAGGUGACACAGCAUCAGAUAUUCUGCUAGACUUUGACUUGCCGCAUCCUGUUUCAAAUGUCUCUGUGCCUGCCGUGGUUCCAACCACUACAGACUUGUGGGGAGACUUCAACACUGCAUCAAGCUCCCAGCCAAUCUUCUCAGCCACCCGAUUGGGUCCAGUUCUGAAGAAUCUGAGUUAAAGAAAUAAGAAUGGACCAAUAAUCAAGGCUCAAGGGGAUCCACAUCAGAUGGGCAUGAGCUGAUGCCCUUAGCUCCUCCAUCAGAACAUAAUUUUUGGACAAUCCUCCUUUUUUGUUUUGUUUUUGUUUUUAAUGUCUGCAUUUCCAUUGGUACACAUAGUUUUCUCUCAUGGAACAGGACUGCAAAAACUUUAGAGGAAAUGCCCUGUGAUAAUGUUAGAAGAACGGGAGAGGGGAGAGUGUACCUCCUGCUUCGUAAUUGUCACUGUGGUAAGAAAAAAAACAGAUGCUGUGUUGGUUAGGAGAAGGCUGACCAGACUUGGGGUUUCUAGCAGAACUUGGUCCCUUUCUGUUCUCCUUUUCUAGCAUGGCAGGAAUGAUCAUGGCAGGGAGCCUGCAGGCAAUAGGGAACCUUGACAAUUAUAUUUGAUCCUUGUUUUUGUGUAGUAAACAAGGUGGGAAAAGAAAAGCCAUUCCUAAAGAAGUAAUCCUGAAGUUGCCUUCUCUCUUUGGGAAAGGUUGCUUUGUCAUUGUCCUUUGAUGAUGGAACUAAUUUAACCCUUCCUCAGAUGUUAUUUCCCCCUUAUCUGUACAAGGGAAAUGGUAACCAGUCUGUGUAUCAACCUAUGUAUGGUGCAGUUUGACUUAGCUCACCCUUGUUUCAUUCUGAAUGCACACUACAAAUCUCCCUGAUUCCCCCACCUUCCCGGCAAUGAAGGUAACUUAGCAAUUAUUUAAAACUGGAAAUGUGUAAAAAAAAAUACUUUAAUACCCCUAGAACAUGUAACCCCACCCCCUUGCCUUCCAUCUUCACAUAGAACAAUAAUAGAACACUUUGGGUUCUUCUAGAAAUCCUCUGAGGGGGUUGUGUGGAUUAGCACUGACUCUUGACACCAGUUUUAUGUAUAUUUUGACACUUUAGAUAUAAUCACAAUGUGAAAGCAGCCCAGGCACUUAAUUGUCUGUUUGUUGCCAAUGGAAAGCUGCCACUACCUAUCUGACCAAGGCAGGCAAAAUGCCACUGCGGAUUUCCAAAAAUACAUUUCAGAGCUUGAGAGAACUAACAUUUGUACUUUCUGGUCAGCAUGUUUACUUCCUUUAUACACUUAUUAUCUCUUCCUAGCAAGUGUUAGUGAAAAGCGAAGUAUCUCAUUACUUACGCUGUGAAUCAUCUUUUCCUCCAGCUGUUUGGAUGGUUAGGAAGGCAUACCCUUGAUGUUAUUCCUACAUUGCUCUCUGGGUAAAACAACAAAACAACAAUUGCUUUGUGUGACUCUUGAAAAGUAUUGCUAAACACUCAAGAUUUGUAAGUUUCACAGUAGGUGUUCUUUGGUCAUUCCAAUAGGUGGAAGCAGUAAUCUUUCAUAUCAGCUAGAGGUCUGCAUUUAUACACAGUCACACAGCUGGUAUGAGCCCAGGGCUUGGUGCUUUUAGAUCUGUGAGGCUAAAUUAGAGCAUAUCUGAGUGGUCUCAUCGCAUUUCCCCUUUGCUCAUGGCCCUGCAAAUCUUGAACAUUUCUGCAGAUUAAUACCAGUACAGCAGGGGGAGACCUGGUCCACUAGUAACUGGGAAGUAGAGCCGUAUAAAAAGUUCUGAGAAGUUAUAUGCAUAUCUUACCAAUUUGAAACAUCUGCUGGGAUUUGCUUUCUAAGGUUGUAAACGCUUUAAAUCUCAGUUAUUCAUCAUCUUGACACCACUACUACUUUAUUUCUCAGCUGAUCUACAGCUAAACGUAUUUUUGAGUUUUCAUUAUUUCACUCUCGGUUGCUUGUGAAUUGUUUUCCUUCCUCUCUUCGAUGUGCAAUGUUGUAUAAACCAGACCAGGGAAUCUGCAGUCUGGCUGAAUAUUCUGUAUGAGUGGCAGGUCCUAUCGUUUCAAUCACUCUGUGUCCAGACCUCAAGGAGUUAGAUAACAAUCUGAAGAGACUUACUAGGAGCUUCUCCCUCUGUUUCCUUUUUUGUUUUUUACAGCUAGUAUUGUCAAGAUAAUAUAUUAUGUACUGGCAAAAACUGAAAUAAAUUUCAUUUAUAUGUAUAUGAUGCAUAAGAUGUACUGGUUCAAUAACAGCAAAUAAAAUCAAGAAUAUAAUUGCAAAAAGCAUAA